AUGUUAGCGUUACUUCUAUCAAUUCUGUUCAUUGCUCAUCCGUCGAAAGCAGUCUUCGAAUGCGGUAAUCAUGAAACCACGGCUUUUGUCCGAAUCGCUCGUGCUCGUUUAGACGGCACUCCAGUUGUGAUCUCAACCGCAGGUCAUGAUCUUACUUGCGCGCAGUAUUGUCGCAACAAUAUUGAGCCCACUACUGGUGCACAACGUGUUUGUGCUUCAUUCAAUUUUGAUGGUCGUGAAACUUGUUACUUCUUCGACGACGCGGCCAGUCCAGCUGGUACUUCGGAUCUGGCCAAAAACCCAUCUGGAAAUAAUUUCUACUAUGAGAAGACAUGCAUUCCGGGUGUAUCUGCACAUGAGGCAUGCACCUAUCGCUCAUUCUCAUUCGAACGAAUUCGAAAAACGACUCUCGAAGGUUUCGUCCGUAAAUCUGUGCAGGUUGCCUCACGUGAACAAUGUUUGGCCGCAUGUCUAAAAGAGGAUGAAUUCGUGUGCCGAUCGGUGAAUUACAAUUACGAUACUUACCUCUGUGAACUGUCCACUGAAGACCGACGCUCCAAACCGACUCAUUUACGACAAAACGAAGCCCCUGUUGACUACUACGAUAACAAUUGCCUCAGUCGUCAAACUCGGUGUGGUGAAUCGGGCGGAAAUUUGGUGUUCGUGAAAACGACAAAUUUCGAAAUCCAUUUCUACGAUCAUACACAAUCAGUGGAAGCACAGGAGUCGUUCUGUUUGCAGAAAUGCUUAGACUCACUGAACACAUUCUGUCGAUCGGUUGAAUUCAGUCCCACUGAGAAGAACUGUAUUGUCAGCGAUGAGGACACCUUUUCGAGAGCUGACCAACAGGGUCAGGUUCAGGGCAAAGAUUACUAUGAACCGAUCUGUGUUGCUGCUGAUUUGAGCUCGUCGACUUGUCGACAACAAGCCGCAUUCGAGCGAUUCAUUGGCAGUCAAAUAGAAGGCGAUCCAGUGGCAUCUGCUCAAGGAGUGACUGUAUCGGACUGCAUUUCACUGUGCUUCCAGAAUCUGAACUGUAAGAGUAUCAACUAUGACCGCACCCAAUCCACCUGCUACAUCUAUGCUGUUGGACGUGUUGACGCCAAUAUUAAAUCCAACCCGUCUACGGAUUUCUACGAAUUCAACUGUGAGUCACAAUUUGGUGGCAUGGCGUUGUGUACGAAUGAGGGAAUUCGCUUCAUAGUCAACACGAAGGAGCCGUAUACGGGUGCGAUCUAUGCAGCCGAACGUUUCAGCACAUGCUCACAAGUUGUUGAAAACGCGAAACAAAUCUCGAUCACAUUCCCACCACCAACAAUAUCCACUGAUUGCGGAACCGUCAUCAAGGAUGGUAAAUUGGAAGCACUGGUCGUCGUGUCAUUGGAUGGUGUAUUGCCACAUCAAGUAACCACUGAAUGGGAUCGAUUCUAUCGCGUCGCUUGUGAUAUUUCCAUGGAUAAAAUGGUCAAAGAAGGCUCUGUUGUUGUCACCACCAUCUAUGAUGCCGGAGAAGCGAACACUCAAGUGCUCGAAAUGGGAACACCACCUCCAGUAACGGCGCAACUGUCCUUUAUCGAUGCCGAUGAUCAGCCACUUGGCAAAGCCUCUAUCGGUGAUUCAAUACAAAUGAUCGUCACUUCGGAACAAGCUGGACCUCAUAAUAUGAUGAUAACCGAUUGCACGGCGACUCGAGUUGGUGGAGAGGGUGAAGCUGUUCCGUUCACCAUUAUUGAUAAUGGGUGCCCUCGAUAUCCAGCAUUGGUUGGACCAGUGGAACAAGAUUUCGAUAAGAAUCGUUUGAAAUGUGAUAUGAAAGCAUUCAGAUUGGAUGGUUCUUACGAUAUUCAGAUCAUGUGCCAGAUUAUGUUCUGUGCUGGUCCUAAUGGAUGUCCACCAAGUAAUUGUUUGGAUUCGGGUACAAAUGAAUUGUUUGUAUCGCACGGUCGAAAGAAGAGAAGUAUUGCGACGAAUCAAACCGAAGAGACACUCUCGGCGAUCAUUCGGGUAUUGGCCAAAGGCGAAGAAGACGAUGAUGCAGCAGACAUUGAUCUGCUAACGAAUGCCAGCAAUGCCUUCAUUAAUGGGCGUUCUCAGUUAGGCUUGCGUUGUCCUUCCGGACUGACAAUCAGAAAUUUGAAUGUUUACAGCUCAUCAUGGGAUGAUUUGGAUAUGGUGUGUAUGUCAGAGGUUUGGUUCAUCUCAUCAAUAGUGUCCGUAUCACUGGUAUGUCUAAUGUUAUCUGGGCUUAUCGUCGUUUGGGGUUGCAAUUCGCUCAAAGCUUCCUCAAAGUUGCCGUUGUAA